CCCACCAAAUAUCAAAUCAAAUAAUGUCCACGUCAAUAUAAAAGUAAAAAUAAUUGGAAAUUUCUAUUAGUUAUUUUCUAACAUUUAGAACCAAAGCCAUUAUGAGUGUACUUCUGAUCCUUUUUGCAACUUUCGCUGCUACUUUAGCCCGUCCUGAUGUAAGUCAUGGAUACACAUACGGAAGAGGUGGCGGUGAUAAUUUCAUCGGACCUGCACCAUUCGAGUCACAUGGAAUGCGUGGAGGUGGCCUAAAUGUAUAUAGUCAAUCAGACAGCAGUUCGUCAGUAACCGGUGGAAUUACUGGCAUCGGUAGUGGAAUUAGUGGUAUUGGUAGUGGAAUUGGAAUAGGCGGUGGAAUUGGUGGCGAUAUUGGCAUUGGAAUAGGUGGAAUUACUGGGGGUGGCUACCAACAAAACUUGAAACCACUCGUUACAAAAUAUUUCUAUUUACACUCGGCUCCCGAAGAUACAGACUCACAACAACAAGUUCGAACUGUUCAGUUGGGACGAGCUCAAAAGACCUAUCGUGUUGUUUUCAUCAAAGCACCAGGAGCUGGAAGCCGUUCUGCAUCCAUUCAACCCAUCUACCCCAAGAACGAAGAGAAAACAGUUAUCUACGUUCUUUCCCAAAAGGAUGGAGAAAUCAAUAUUGGUGAUAUUGCCACUCCAGCACCAUCAACGCCUAGCAAACCUGAAGUAUUCUUCAUCAAAUAUAAAACCGCCGAAGAGGCAGCACGAGCUCAGGCACAGAUUAAAGCUCAAUAUGAUAAGCUGGAAGGAACGAGCAAGGUCUCUGACGAGGGAGUUGCUCAAGUUACAUCAGUCAUAAGCGAGACAUCAUCUUCAUCAUCAUCUUCGGGUGACUUUGGUGGUGUCACCAAAGGAACUUAUUUACCACCAUCAAAGUGAAGGAAAACCACUCAAUAGAUACUGAAGGAUGUUCAAAGAGAAGGAAUAAAGUCUAAGCCUUUCACCCAAAUAUUAUUAGGGGAUGGUAUCAGCAAUUAAAUUGCAUUUUAUUUUUUAAGAAUAUUUUAUUUAAUAAACAUGCAUUCCAAAAGUA